CUCCACACUAUCACACCUUAUCAUCCUGGCUCUUCGGCUAUGCACCUGCAACCUCUCCUUGGAGCCCCCCUUCUUAUCAUCCUCCUCUUUUUUCCGCCCUCCGCCCGGCGGUCGGACUGAGGUAGUGCGCGCUCAGCAGCGGGAGUGCGCAAAGCGGUCGGCAUGCACCUGGAGAGAAACCGCCCCGCCAAGCCGGCCAAGGGCUUAACCAGAGACGCAGCAGGAUGCGGAACGAUGCUCUAACGACAGUGAUAUAGCAGCAGAGCACCGGGUGGAUAUCAGAGCUGCAGCAUGGGCGUGGGAAAGAGGCGCAAUGACAGCGAUGUGAUUCCACAGAUAUAAGAAGGGUGGGUGGGGGGAACCCGAGUUACGUUUGGACCAGAGUUGUGCAUUUGAAAGCUUCGAUUUGGUUGCUCUGAAAUUCAUCAGACACAACACUUUGUUUUACCUCCCGGUCUACCUUCACCGGAGUUUAAAGGGAUGGAGAAAAGCGCACAGCAGCAGUCCAAAAGCGCAGAGAGACCAGCAGAGGACAUCUCCAAAAUACCCGAUGAGGAGCUGCUGAAGUGGGGUAAAGAGGAGCUGGUGAGGCGGCUGCGGAGGGCAGAAGCAGAAAAAAGGGGCGUCAUCGUGGAGCACGGCAAUCUGAUGCGGGAGGUGAACCGGAGACUCCAACAACACCUGAACGAGAUACGGAGUUUGAAGGACGUGAACCAGAAACUGCAGGAGGACAACCAGGAGCUGAGGGACCUGUGCUGCUUCCUGGAUGACGACCGGCAGAAAGGGAAGCGGGUGUCGCGGGAAUGGCAGCGAUUGGGUCGCUACAGCGCUGGCCUGAUGAGGAAGGAAGUGGCUAUCUAUUUGCAGAAGCUUAAGGAGCUGGAGCAGCGGCAGAUGGAGGUGAUCCGGGAGAACCUGGAGCUUAAGGAGGUGUGCCUCAUGUUAGAAGAGGAGAGGGCCACAGUUGUGGCUGCAAGCACAGGGGGAAGUGGUGGUGGUCAGGGAGGGCCUGGCUGCAGGAGCUCCAUUGACAGUCAAAGUAGCCUGUCUCAGCUGGGCGGUGGCAUGCCUACACCAGGCCUGUUGCGGGAUGUUGGCGAUGGAAGCAGCACCUCCAGCGCAGGGAGCACAGACAGCCCAGAUAACCCUCACCAUAAACCCUCCCCUCUUGGCUCCAAUUCAAGCCCUGGAUCUGGCUCAAGAUGCAGCUCUUCAGGACAAAAGAGAGAUGUUUGUGAAUUCAGCGGGAGGAGGCGCAGCUCCACCACGGAGUACCACACCUUUCCCCAGUCCUGCCGGCCCCGUGGAGGUUCCCUCACCAACCUAGAGCUUCACAGCUUUCGAGGACACAGCCCAGAGAAACACAGCAAGUCUCCUACCAGGCUACCUUGUGGCUCCCACUCCAAACCCUGCAGCUCUGACCUACUAGCACAGAAACAGCUACUGAUGUCAGGACAGGCAUCUCCAGGCAGUGGCAAGGGCUCAGCUAAGUCCAGCCCAGAUCUGAGUCAGCGACACCGGCAGGUAAACUCAGCAGGGGCUGGGAGUCCUGAAGCCAAGCAGGUAGCAAUGGGCACACCUGAGCACCUGAGAAAAGGGCGGGUGAUUGUGGGAAGUCCAGAGUCUAUACGGCACCACUAUCACUAUCAUCAGAGCCCAGGGGUGGAGCACAGCAAGGGGAAGUAUAGUAGUGGCUCCCCUGGCAGGGAUGGAAGUCACAGGAGACCAGCGGGUGAAGAGAUUGCCCCCCACCACCAGAGUCUGUACAACGCUUCGAUGCUUCCUUACCAUGACAUGCCUCUUGAUGAGAUGCUGCUGUGACAACAUGCACCCCAGAGAGAGCAGAAGGGGCAAGAGGAUCGAUACAUAACCGGUCGCAUAAAUGAUCAGGCCAAUCAAAACUUCGCAGUGAACAGCGACU